GCCUCUCUCCCUCACGGUAGCCUUCGUCAUCUCUCUCUUGCCCAGACAUCACCUCCGCUUGUCGGCCAGCCACUGUGUCGCCGCACCACCUCGCAAGCAAGCCGCCACCAUCAGUGCCCUGUUCGCGUGCGCAGCCGUUAAGCAUUGACUCUCUCCCUCACAUUUUAGGUCGCCCUCUAGCCACUUCACCACCUCCGCCUGUCCACCAGCCACUACGCCGCACCACCUCGCGAGCAAGCCACCACCGUCAGAGCCCUGUUCCCGUGCGUCAUCUUCGUCAGCCUUGUUCGUUUGUCUCUGUUCUCUGUUCCCUGUUCGCUUGCGCCAUCUUCGUCAGCCACCACCAUCUCCUGUGCGCACCGUCAGCUUGGGAGGGACUCAAUGGGUACUGAAGUCGAAACGAUUGAGGCAAGGAUAACAUCUAUGUUUGGCCAGCUCCAAUAUGAGUGUGGCAUCCUACAAAGAAUGAUAUAUAAGAACAAGAAUCAGCAUCGGCGUUGUUCCUAUUUCCAGCGUAUUUUAAAGGUGGGAAGGGAUUUAAGGCUUCUGCAAUCGGCAAAUUUGGAGGAGCUUGUAUCAUCAUGUUUACUUGUUAUCAAAGGUGAUAGACCAAAACAGAAGGUUCAUCUUUUAGAAAGCUUAAAAAGGAGGAAAUGCAAUAAUGAAAAGCAUAAUUUUAUGGAGCGUCUCUUAGGAGCUGCACGCUUACUAGCAGAGAUGGUUGAACCAAUACUGAAGGCUGCAACUGAGGUAUCUGUAUUGUUUGCUCAGUCUUUUUUUAUGGGAUUUUCUCUGACACUUAUGGCUUUGCUUGCGCGUCUUCGAGUUUUGGUUCAACAAAUAUUGCUUGAUGUUGUUUCAGUGUUCAACAUGGUUUCUUCCCUCUCUAAAGAGAAGCAAUCAAUAAGAAUAACUCAUCAGGGAAUUGAGGUUUUCAGAGAGUUAUACCCAGUUAGGGAUGAUUUUAUUAUAUUAGAGUGUGUAUGGAAAUCAGAUAAGUUUAUAUUACUUGAGAAAAAGCAUAAGAGGGAGAAUGAAAGUCAAGGUGAGGACUCUGGUGGAAAUCUCUCAGUCCAAGCAUCAGAUGUCAACUACAACAGUAUUGAGUCUAUUCUUGGGGAUGACCAGCUUGAACCGGAGAGAGUUGAAGCAGAUGCUGCUGUCAAAGAUUCCUGUCAUGCCAAAGAUAUGAAUACCGAUUUGCUUACUGGCUCGUUGCAGAUUGAUGAUGGUAAGCAGACUGUAUGUAGUGAGGAAGGAAGAGAAAAUCAAAGCACCAUAAAAGCCUCUUUAAAGGAAUCUUCACCGGAGGGUGGCUUGCAUGUAUUAUCACGAUGCUCUACCGACGAUAAACUUCAUUCUGCUUCGAAAAAGAUGGCAUUUGUCUCGAUCAAGAAUCGUACAUCAGCGCCACCCAGUGCUCCAAGUAUUUAUGGGUUAACUACCAAUCUAAAGGCAUUCCAUUUCAUAAACAAUGAAAGUGAUCAAACAAAGGAUGACAAGGGGGAUUCACUUGCUAAUUUAUUUGCUGAUGUAAAUGCAAAGGAGAGUCUUUUUUAAACACUGAUGUUUCUGAAUGCAAGCAUAUUGGAAAUGUCUGGAUUCUUUCAAUUGCAUUAAUCUGACUUGAACGGUUGGAGUAGGUAUUGUAGUUAAAUUUUUUGUGGUGAGUAGGUAUUGUUAUGACCAAUUAAAGUUGAUAUUA